UUUGCCAACUUCACGCAGCUCAAUAUGGCCGCCUCCGUGAAUUAGUUUUUCAUCGCCAUAGAUUAGCUCCCAUAGAAAUCCAUGAGACCGGAAAGUGGACGCUGUCUCUCGUUAUAUAUUAUCUCGAUCAUAGACAUAUGAUCUCGAUGACCCAGCCACAGCCUUUGAUUCUGUGAUGACGAGCUGCCAUGGUUUUCCUGAAAGAGGGUCUCUGUCCAGGACUGACCGAAGAAUUUAUUCAGAAUAUGCGGACCAAGAACAUCAGAACUGUAGAAGAUCUGGUUUCUUCAGACACAGAAGAACUUGCCCAGAAGUGCUCUGUGUCCUAUAAUGUCCUGGUAGCAGUACGCCGUGUGCUUCUGGCUCAGCACACUGCCUUUCCUGUGUCCGGAGCAGAUCUUUAUGAGGAGCUACUGAGUUGCACAGCAAUCCUCUCUACCGGCAAUGCCAGUCUGGAUAAGCUUCUGGACACUGGUCUAUAUACUGGAGAGUUGACAGAGCUGGUUGGUACCCCAGGGAGUGGGAAAACACAGGUGUGUUUUGGUGUUGCUGCAAAUUUGUCUUGUCGACUGAAGCAGAGCGUUUUGUACAUUGACUCAUCAGGGGGGCUGUCGGCAACUCGCUUAUUUGAAAUGACGAAGGCAAAAACCAGCAGCAUGGAGGAGCAGAUGGAGGCUCUUCAGAGGAUCGAGGUGGCUCAAGUAUUUGAUGUCUUCUCUUUACUUGAGUGUCUGCACAAUCUCAAAAGUGGGGGGUUUCAGCAGGUGUCUGCAGGGGGUGGUACACUUAAAGCUGUCAUAGUAGACUCUGUUACAACAGUUCUGUCACACAUACUUGGAGGAAAACAGACAGAUGGUCUGUCAUUAAUAAUGCAAGUUGCAGGAGAGUUGAGAACAAUUGCGAAAGACCUUAAUGUUGCUGUUCUGUUGACUAAUCAUGUGACCAGAGAUGGUAAUGGGAUUCUGAAGGCUGGAUUGGGGCUAUCAUGGAGUCAUGUCCCUCGGACCCGGAUCCUCCUGGAAUGCAUGGAGAAGUCAGGUUCUGCAUACUCUGGUCUGCGUACUGCAACAUUAAUCAAGUCUUCCAGACAGCAAUGUAACCUCAUCCAAGAUUUUGACUUAAACUCUUGGUGCGAGACAGAGGUUGAGCUUCCUGGACCCUCAGGAAAGAGGAAACUGGUAGAUGAAGAUCCCCACCAAGCUUGAAACCAUAAACCUUUGUUUCCCUUUGUGUGGCAAAUGUGGAUUGUUUUCCUAGGCUUUAGCCUAACUGUUAUAAUUGCAUUUUAAGCCUUCAUUUGUUGUCAACAAACAUUAAAUUGUAGCAUCUGAUGGUAAA